AUGGGAGCCGCGAAUCAAUUCAUAUGGAAAGUCUUCAAAGAAAACACACCCGCCGAGAGAAAAGACGUACCGGUUAUCAACGUGUACAUUUCCGAAUUCCCCGGGCCCGCUCUGGCGUACACGAACGGCGACAACAUCAACAUAAGCGCCCCGUCGCUAAAAGAUUUCUGCAUGCCUCUCUCAAAGGCGAAAUUUAAAUUUAGUGGAUUAAUGUACCACGAAAUGACGCAUCUUUUUCAAUGGUCCGGUAAUAGGACCGCCCCCGGCGGGUUGACCGAGGGCACGGCGGAUUACGUGAUGGUCAAAUCGACUUUCAAUUACGAUAAGAAUACAUACACGAAACCGGGUUCGGGGAGUAAGUGGGACGAAGGGUAUGGUGUGACAGAGAGGUUUUUGGAGUAUUGUGAUAGUUUGAAAUUAGGGUUUACUGCUGAUUUAAAUAAGAUGAUGAGGUAUGCAUAUAGUGAUGAUUAUUUUAUGAAGUUGUUGGGGAAGCCUUUGAAUCAGCUUUGGAAAGAGUAUAAGGCUAAGUAUGGGAACAAACCUUAG